GAACAUCAACGUCUUCCUCCCAGCAACGAGGGGCUGGGAAAUUAGUGACUUCACUAAACAUUAACUAAUCAAACGGCGCUUUGUGAAGCGUGACCAAUGAACGUUUUCACCUGUUUUAUCUCCUUUUAUGUGAUUGGUUCACAAGCAUAGUGUCGCCGGCUGGCCUUGGACAAAUGCUGGCAAGCAGACUGUGGCGAUUCCGAUCUGCUUGCCUUAGGCUGGCAGGAUGAAUGGCGCGGCCUGCCCACUGUUUGACACGAAAGAAAGAGUCCUGAAGCUUGGGGAGAGUUUUGAGAAGCAGCCGCGUAGCGGGUUUCACACCAUUCGAUAUGACUUCAAACCAGCAUCCAUUGAUACAUCUUGUGAGGGUGAUCUUGAAGUUGGGAAAGGAGAACAGGUGACAAUCACACUGCCAAAUCUUGAGGGAUCAACUACUCCGGUCACAGUUUUUAAAGGCUCUAAAAGACCUUAUUUGAAGGAAUGCAUUCUAAUUGUUAACCAUGAUACAGGAGAGUGUCGUUUGGAGAAGUUAAGCAGCAAUAUUACUGUGAAAAAGACAAGGGCUGAAGGUAGCAGCAAGGUACAGUCUCGCAUAGAGCAGCAACAGCAACAGAUGCGGAAUGCGUCCAAGACCCCUACAAAUCUUAAAACUUCUUCACCUUUGCAAAAAAUGUCUCCUACUUCACCUAUGGAUGACAUUGAAAAGGAACUCAUGGCAGAAGCCAGUGCAAUUGACCAAAUGAGCAGCUCAGACAGCUCUUCUGAGUCAAAAAGCUCCUCAUCUAGCAGUGGUGACAGUUCCAGUGACUCUGAAGACGAGGGUAGCAAGUCUUCCCAUUCUGUCUCAAUGCCACUGCUCAAUCAGUCUGCGUCAAAUGCAGAGCCCAUAACCCAAAAGUCUCAGGAUAAUGGUGGUCAGAUGAUGAGCACACUAAGGAAUGACUUGCAGCUGAGUGAGUCUGGAAGUGACAGCGAUGACUAAACCAAUAUGUGGCCUCUUGACUAUGAUGUUGAAUCUGUUUAUCUACUAAUCGGCAUCCAUUUUGCACUAGAAUUUAUCAUUGACUAAAGUGAAUGUUUUCAUAUUUUGAUAAAAGAAUAUCUGAGAAAUGUAUUUCUAUUUAUCCUACAUACUAUUGAUGUCUUAUCCUGCCUGCACCCUUAUUCUAGAACUAAGCAAUUUGUUUGAGGGUGUAGUGUGUAGGUUUUUUUUUUCCUGACCCUAUUAAAAUGUCAUUGUAACCCCCAUAGAUUGGGACAUUUGACACCGUUUAAAGGUCAGUGCUUAUAUGGUUUUAAUGUUGCAGCAUUUUCACAGCUAAAUUAUUUUAAGGAAAUAUUAAUUAUUACAAAGUGCUCUCCCCCCCCCCCCUUUUUUUUUUUUUUUUUUUUUUUUAAAUAUUAUCCAAUGCAUUUUUGAAAUUCACCAUAUGUAGGGAUGGUGGAAUUAAAAGUUGCACUUCAUUCUGGCCUAAAAUACAUAGUUCCAACUGUGUUGGAAUUUAAUAUUUAAAGCUUAUCCAUAGUUUUCUUUGCUGAAUUCCUUAAAAGUGAUUAAAGUUUCUGGUUAAAAAAAAAAUAGUUUUUGCUGAUAAAGUAAAGGGACAGGACAUCUUAAAAACCUCUCAAGCUGUGCUUUUUUAUUUUUAAUUAUUUUUUUUGUACUACCUAAAAAGGAUUGUCUUUCCAUGUGGUGGUCUGUAUGGUUAGACUAAAGCAAUUCUUUAUCGAGAAUUUAAGAUCAGUGUUAAAUUUUAUGAUGUAAAAACUGCCAAAAUUUUCUCAGUGAAUUUUUCAGUAGUUGCCUCAAUAACUUGAUUCCAAAGAACAGCGUUCUGUGAACUGUGUGUUCUUAUUGUUUAAGGCUUUUUUUUUUUUUUUUUUUGUGUAUGUCAAUAUUUUACUUGCAGGUUUUCUUUCUUGAUGAUAAAAUCAAAACUUCAGGAAUUGCAAUAAGGUUCACACAUGAAAACAUGGGUACAUAAAUUAAUAAAUAUAGAUAUUUAAAAAAGAAAAAA